AUGCAAGCGUCUCAAAGCACAAAGCAGCUUCAGCAAUUAACAGGUAAGAUAGCGACAUUAAAUCAGUUUGUCUCUCGCUCAACCAAUAAAUGCCUUCCCUUCUGCAAGAUCCUCAAGAAGGCUUUCUCCUGGAGUCCGGAAUGUGACAAAGCUUUCCAGGAAUUGAAUGAAUAUUUAGUCAGCCCACCGCUACUAAGCCAACCGGUAGAAGGGGAAGCCUUGUACCUGUACUUGGCGGUAUCUUCAUCAGUCAUAAGCUCAGCCUUAAUCCGAGAAGAACAAGGAGUGCAAAAGCCCGUCUACUUCAUCAGCAAAGCCCUGCAUGGUGCUAAAGAACGAUACCCACAGAUCGAAAAACUAGCAUUUGCCUUGGUCCCAUCUGCCCGGAGGUUGAGGCCAUAUUUUCAGGCGUAUACAAUCAAGGUAUUGACUGAGUAUCCCUUGAGGAAAAUCUUGCAAAAGCCAGAUUUAUCAGGAAGAUUGGUCAACUGGGCCAUAGAGCUUGGAGAAUUCGACAUAGAGUUCCAUUUGAGAGCAUCCCUAAAGGGCAAGAUCGGGGUUGUGCUCGAAGGGCCCAACGGUGAAAAAUGUGAAGCAACUGUGCAGUUGAAAUUCAACACCACCAACAAAGAAGCCGAAUAUAAAGCCAUGAUCCUCGGAAUGAACAUAGCAAGGGAAAUGGGAGUAAAAAACCUAAAGGUUAGAAGUGACUCCCAAGUAGUAGUUGGACACAUUCAGGGAGAGUAUGAGGCUCGAGGAAGCAAAAUGAAGAAGUAUUUGGUGAAGGUAAAGGAGAUCAUGGAAUUCUUCAACAAAAUAACUUUUACGAAAUUACCUAGAGAAGAAAACUCGCAGGCAGAUGCCUUAGCUCGUAUGGGCUCCACUACCGAGGAAGAAGUCAUAGCAGUUGAUCACCCAAUUCAGGACCUAACCGAACCCUCGAUUGUCCAAGCGAAUCAAGUGGCGUGCAUUGAAGAGAGGGAGCAAUGUCCAGAAUGGGGCCACGAUAUCUUACAAUUUCUCAAGGAGGGCAAGUUGCCAUUCGAUAACAAGUUAGCACGGAAGAUUCGCAUCCAAGCAGCACGCUACACACUAGUUGACAGGGUCUUGUACUGA